GUAGGUAUCGGUCCAGGAUCCGUUUGUACAACGCGGAAGAAAACGGGUGUGGGAUACCCACAACUCAGUGCGGUAAACAUCUUUUGUUCGGAUUUAUUAAGUACUACAAGUCUGGUCUUGGAAUGCGCUGAUGCUGCUCACGGUCUGCGCGGACAUGUAAUAAGCGAUGGUGGAUGCACGAAUUCUGGAGAUGUCGCGAAGGCUUUUGGAGCAGGAGCAGAUUUCGUGAUGAUUGGCGGUUUAUUCGCAGGCCACGAUCAGUGUGGCGGCGAAGUUAUUGAGCAAAACGGGAGGAAGUUCAAGCUCUUCUACGGAAUGAGUUCAGACACAGCCAUGAACAAACAUCACGGUAGCGUAGCUGAGUACAGAGCAAGUGAAGGAAAAACAAUUACUAUCCCGUACAGGAUAGCUAGCAGUAGUUGUCUAUGCUCAUCCAGUUAUGUUUGA